CGCACUCUCUCUUUCUCCCCUGACUCUCUUCAAAGCCUGCUUGCAUCUCAACAUAUAGUCAUAAACUUGUUCUUUGGAAACUACUAUGACUGCAGAAUCCAGAAUUCUGAAACCGAGAGCACCUCAAACUCAAGCUCAUUCCCAUCUUCCCCGACCUCGCCACACUCUCCUCCUUCAGCCCUGCCUCACCAAAACUCUGUUUCACAAGCUAAAGCUGCGAGCCCAGAAUCCAGAAAAGUGAAACGAAUUCGAGACUCCAGCAAGCACCCAGUUUAUCGCGGGGUCCGCAUGCGAAAUUGGGGUAAAUGGGUCUCUGAAAUUCGCGAGCCUCGCAAGAAAUCCCGCAUAUGGCUCGGUACAUUUCCGACGCCCGAAAUGGCAGCGAGAGCGCAUGACGUGGCCGCUUUGAGCAUCAAAGGCAGUUCUGCUAUUCUCAAUUUCCCCGAGCUGGUCAACCUGCUUCCUCGUCCCGUCUCGCUCUCCCCCCGAGAUGUGCAGGCGGCGGCGGCGAAAGCUGCACAGAUGGAUAAGUUCGACCGGCCGACAUCCUCGUCCUCGUCUUCGCUGUCGUCGCUGGUCUCGGCAAUGGACUUGGGUACAGAAUCGGAGGAACUGAGCGAGAUAAUAAAGCUGCCGAACUUGGAAACGAGCAACGACGCGAUGGAACUGGUGAAGGAGUUCGUGUACAUGGACUCGGAAGAGAGAUGGAUGUACGAGCCACCGUGCUUACAGAGCAUGGAGGACUGCGAGGGUUAUGUCGCCAAUCAGCUGUGGAAUAACUAAGUGCCCUGUUUCUUGUUGUUGUGAAUAGAUGCGAUGAUCUCCUGUGUGUUUUGAAUAUUGUGCGUGAAGCCCUUCUGGUUUUUUGGGCGGAGGGGCUGCACAGCACACCCUCUAGAGCUUCCCUCCGUAUUAGUCUCCUGUUAAUUUUGUGUAUUUUUGUCUGGGACUCAGUGCUGUAAAUGGCUUCGAAGUAAGGGGGAAAAACAAUGCCAUGAAUUUCCGUACCCCUGUAUAAUGUGACGAGCUUGAAAUUUUUGUGGUUA